AUGAAUCGAUACCUGACUCUAAGCCAGCUGGGCGACGGUACCUAUGGAACCGUUGUCCUUGGCCAACGGAAGGACACUGGCGAAAAGGUCGCCAUAAAGCGCAUGAAACGGAAGUACUACUCAUGGGAGGAAGCAAUGAGCCUGAGGGAAGUAAAGUCUUUAAAGAAACUUUCACAUGCCAAUGUGGUCAAAUUGAAGGAGGUCAUAAGGGAGAACGAUGUGCUGUACUUUGUGUUCGAGUACAUGCAGGAAAACCUUUAUCAGCUUAUCAAGGAUCGUGAAACCCAUUUUCCAGAAGCCACAAUAAGACUGAUUCUGCAGCAAAUUUUAACGGGACUAGCAUUCAUGCACCGGCACGGGUUCUUCCACCGGGAUCUGAAACCGGAAAAUGUGCUUUGCAGUGGACCGGAAACGGUCAAAAUUGCGGACUUCGGACUUGCUCGGGAGAUUCGGUCCCGCCCACCUUAUACCGAUUACGUUUCAACGAGAUGGUACCGUGCUCCGGAGGUGCUGUUGCAUUCGACUCGAUAUGGCAGUUCAAUUGACCUGUGGGCUGUUGGUUGCAUAAUGGCGGAGUUGUACACCUUCCGACCACUCUUUCCGGGUUCGAGCGAAGUCGAUCAAUUAUUCAAAAUAUGUUCCUUAUUAGGUACACCGGAUAAGUCCGAUUGGCCAGAAGGACAUAAAAUGGCAGCAACGAUACAGUUUCGCUUUCCUGAAUGCCCAAAAAUACCACUGGCUACACUGGUAACACGCGCCAGCACCACCGGUAUUCAACUACUUGAAGACACCCUACAAUGGGAUCCAGAGAAGCGGCCAACUGCACAGCAGUCCAUGAAGUAUCCGUACUUCAACUCUUCUAAAGCACGAACUUCUGCUACAAUGCUUAACAAUCCUGCAAAUGGGCUUCUGCCACAUAAUCAUCAAGCAACGAUCAACAGCAAUAAUACUGUUUCCCUUGGGACUAUUCCAAACGCACGACUAUCGAUCCUGGACCUGGCUCCAGCAAAACGAGACCCUGACAUUGGCCAUGGCAACAUUAAGUCCAUAAACACCAAAGAGCUCAAUGAUCUUAACUCGAUGCUCAGUUUGUCGCGAGUUUCAGAAGUACCCUCGGAUAUAACACAGCCACCCACAAACCAAUCAUACUAUCGGGAAGGCACUAAGGGUAGUGGCAAAUUCCAGAGUGGCAUCAACUACAGCGUGUUAAAUGAAAUGCUCAAUAAUUAUAAUGCCAGCGUUGGUAGUAACUUCAGCCAGUCCUCAAAUCAAGGCGGGGCCGAGUCCAAGGAUUUUCCUAUUUCUCAAGGCCAAGCUUCUAAAAGCAACGCAGCAAAUGGUGCACCAGUGGUUAGCUAUUCCAUCGUUAAGCCUGCAGUUAUUCGAACCGAAGAAACUCGUCUAGAUGAUGCAGGUUUGGCCCCUGAGUUCCGAAAAGAGAAAAUAAACGAUAUAUUCGUUACGCGAUCCAAUGCAGCUCCGGUGAGGGGUAUUGGGCGUGGACUACAAAUGGCUGAUAAUGAUGAUACAAGUUUUCUCGACAACGGAUUCUAUUUGCACAAGAAAACUUCUGGGACAACGCUUAAGAAAGGAAGCAGUGCAACCAGUAUCGGUGGGGGUAGUGACGGUGUUAUUGGUGGCAUCACUGUUGUUGGUUCGAUGUUGAAUGACGACUAUUCCAAUGAUGGUAAGAUUUAUAAUGCAUACUUGCGACAACCUGUACUCGUGUCGAGAAAAACGGACGAAGAUCUCAAGACUUAUCGCCAUCGUAAUGGCACAGUCAAUCGUGCAAUUCAUGGACACUUUAGCAAAAGUUGGGAACCAACAAACCAGCGUGGUAGCAAUUUUGAAGAUGACACACUCGACGAUAUUUUGGGAAGUCGAGUAAAAGGCACAAGAAAAGGAACGAAGGAUUUCAAACUAGAGGAUUUGUUUGGAGCCAUUUCGUUCAACAAAGAUUCAUCGACAUCGAAAUAUCCAAAUACCGUACCCUUUGUCAAGGGAAGUACGAACAGCGGUGCCAACGGAUCCGGUCUGGCCGACAUUUUCGAUAACUCCGAUCAUAAACCGGCUCAUUCCAGUGCAAACGUGGUCCCUAGACGGAAAAAUCAACAAAUAUUUGUUUCCAACAAUGGAAACAUGAACAGCAACGAUUUCAAUGGCGUGAAUGCUUCAUUUAGACUAUUUCCUUGGGAUGAUAUUCCGAAACACGGAGUAGAAAAAAAGGCAUGGAUACCAGAUAAUGGAGUAUUAACGUACGUCAGAACGGGCAACGAUCACUCGGGACGAACCGAUUGGGCUGCCAAGUACCUGAACAAAUAA